CGGUGUCAGGUGCUUCCCCGAGCCGCUGGCCAGAUGGUGCCAACUGCAACCCAGAGAUGCUGCCAAGAUGCCAGAGAGUGCCUGGAAAUUCCUUUUCUACUCCACAGCCUGGGGUUAUAGCGCUUACCUGCUAUUUGGCACCAACUAUCCCUUUUUCCACGACCCACCUUCUGUCUUCUAUGACUGGAAGCCAGGCAUGGAGGUGCCCAGGGACAUUGCCAUGGCCUAUCUGCUGCAGGGCGGCUUCUACGGGCAUUCCAUCUAUGCUACCCUCUACAUGGACGCCUGGCGAAAGGACUCGGUGGUCAUGCUCUUGCAUCAUGUUGUUACCCUUAUUCUGAUCGUCUUCUCCUACGCUUUCAGGUACCACAACGUGGGCAUCCUUGUUCUCUUCCUCCAUGACAUCAAUGAUGUCCAGCUAGAAUUCACUAAGCUCAACGUCUACUUCAAGUUCCGAGGGGGCGUCUAUCACCGGCUCAACGACCUCAUGUCGGACGUGGGUUGUGUCAGCUUCAGCCUCAGCUGGUUCUGGUUCCGACUCUAUUGGUUUCCCCUCAAAGUGCUGUAUGCCACGUGUCACUGCAGCCUGCUCUCCGUCCCCGACAUCCCCUUCUACUUCUUCUUCAAUGCCCUGCUGCUCACCCUCUUGCUCAUGAAUAUCUACUGGUUUCUGUACAUAGUGGUGUUUGCUACCAAGGUGCUGACGGGCCAGGUCCGGGAGGUGAGCGACGUGCGGGAGUAUGAUGAGGCCGAUGAGGGCCUCCGGACCCUGCCCUCUGGGAAAGAGGGCAACCCCCCUACCCCCAAGCCCUGGAAAGAAGAAAAGCCUUUGAGGAAUGGUUUGGUGAAGGACAAGCGCUUCUGAGGGGCUGCAGACCCCUGGGGACCCCCCCCUCCCUCCAGUUCCCAUCUAGU